AUGGCUUCUUCAACGAGACCAAAUAUCAUAUUCAUCAUGGCUGAUGACCAUGCUUCCAAAGCCAUCGGGUGCUAUGGAGCGGGCAUUAACCAAACUCCAAACAUCGACCGCUUGGCAAAGGAAGGCAUGAAGUUUGACCACUGUUACGUGACAAACUCCAUCUGCACUCCCUCGCGAGCAGCAAUUCUAACUGGUACUCAUAACCACGUCAACGGCGUUAUGACACUAAAUGAUAGUAUCAAUAAGCACAUGCCAAAUGUCGCCAAACACUUACGAUCCGGAGGCUACCGCACGGCUAUGGUGGGCAAGUGGCAUCUGGGCGAGGGUUCAGCGCAUGAGCCCACAGGAUUUGACUACUGGUCAGUCUUGCCCGGGCAGGGUGACUACUGGGACCCUGAAUUCAUCGAGUCCGAAGGGGAGAAGAUUGAACCAGGCUAUGUGACCGAUAUCAUCACUGACAAGUGUCUCAACUGGAUCACGGAGACCCGAGACACAGGGAAACCGUUCUUCGUUAUGUGCCAUCAUAAAGCACCGCACAGGUCGUGGGAAUGCGAUGACAAGCACAAAGACCUUUACAAAGAAAAGAUUCGCGUUCCAGAGACGUACAACGACGACUACAAGAACCGCGCCAAGGCGGCCAAAGUGGCCAAGAUGCGCGUAGCAGAGGACAUGACCUACCAGGAUCUUGGGGUCGUCCAGCCUGACGGUGGCAGUCGUGUGGGCGAGCGUGUCGUUCAGGAGUCAGGAUCAGCGCAGCGUAAAAUUCCGACAAAUGUUACGAAGCUCAUUGACAAAGACGACGGCACGGUGUUCACAUUCUCCAAUGAGGCUGAGCUCUCUGAAUUUAAGUUCCAGCGUUACAUGCAGCGUUAUCUCCGCGUUAUCCAGUCGGUUGAUGACAAUGUAGGCCGGAUGCUUGAUUAUCUUGACCAGAACGGCCUUUCCGAGAACACCAUUGUGAUUUAUACUUCAGACCAAGGCUUCUUCCUCGGCGAGCACGGUUGGUUUGACAAGAGGUUCAUGUACGAGGAGUCUUUCCAGAUGCCCUUCUUGAUCAAGUAUCCUGCAGAAAUCAAGGCCGGCUCAACCUGCAACGAUAUUAUCUGCAACGUCGACUUCGCCCCGACCUUUUUGGACUUUGCGCGUAUCCCCAUGCCCAACUACAUGCAGGGAGUGUCGUUCCGGGACCUUCUCCAUGGCCAAACGCCUGCGGAUUGGCAGCAAAUUGCCUACCACCGGUACUGGAUGCACAAUGAUAUUAUCCACCAUGCGCGUGCCCAUUACGGCGUAAGAGACCAGCGAUACAAGCUCAUCUACUGGUACAACGAGGCCCUGGGUGUCUCAGGGGCCAGACCAGGCGCAGAGGAUGAGAAGGAAUGGGAGCUAUUUGAUUGUGAAAAGGACCCUCUCGAGCUGUUCAAUGUCUACAAUGACCCAGAGUACAAGCAGACUGUAGCGCACAUGACUCAGCUUUUAGAGCUGAAGAUGUCGCAAAUUGGUGAUGAUCCGGUUCACAAGACGCUUUCGAGCGCAUGA